GAUACUUCAGCCUCGCGGGCGCCUCGCUUGCGGAUUUGGUUGCCCACUCGAACCUGAUGCUGUUCGCCGCUACUUGCAGUGCCAGCCAUUUCGCUUUCUUCUGGAGCAAGAACUUGGCUACUCACGGCGGCGCGCUCAUUUGUCAAGGCGGCCACCCGUUCUGCACAGCUGGGAGCUACAGCAUCAUCGAGGGCGCCCCUGGGAGCAAGGCGUGCUGGACGUGCUCGCCCAGACAAGAGAAAUGUGUCAUCCAGCUCUUCCUCAUCCUCUUCAUCGUCUUCCUCGUCUUCAUCUGGGUCGUCAUCCCCGCCUUCGUGCGAUGUGCCCUGCUCCUCGCCAUCGACGCCAACUGCCAGCGUCAUUGCGGGCGCCUUCGAUCUUGCUGGAAGAUCAUCUUCUUCGCCCACAUCUCCGAGGUCACCGCUGCCAUCCUCAUGCUGCGCACCGUCAGCGCCGUCGUCGACUCCCAUUGCCGCCGCUACGACAGU